AUGGGAAGAGUUCGUAGACGCAACAUUAAUCAGGGGACAAUAAUUAUAAAUGGAAGUAAUGAAGAGCAUGGAAGUGAAACAAGUUACCGAUUACACAGUGUGUGUAUGCAUUCGUAUGCUGAUCUUGCUCAUGUAUCUCCAAUCAUUUUCUUGUUCCUCCUAAAAGAAUUUUAUGUUCGAGGCAGAGUCAACCCUACAGCGAAAUUUCGAUAUCUUCAGCAAGUUCUUCGCCAGGCUCUGCAUAAUGCUCCCAGACCUGGCCCAGCCACAUUUGUCGCUCGCUGCCUUUUCUUGCUGCCUGUAUUUGAUAUUCUGUGUUAUGAAUUCAGUCACUUGAUUAUAUGUUCCCUUCGCCGUGUUCUAGAAAUUAAAACCAGCACCGAAGAUUUACUUAAAGCAAAGUCCCUUGCUGCACAAAUAUUUCUCUGCAGUGCUGAGGGACAGGGCCAUGUUGAGAACGUUCUAGCAAAAAUAGUUGAAGUGUUCGAUGUAAAGUUAGAAGAUCUUAAAACCGCGAAACAUGUAGAUGAUUUGGAUGCAGCAGAAGCACUUGUUAAGCAAUAUAUUUGUAAUUUGGUAGAAUCUGAGUCAUACAAGACUGCCGGAAAACUGCUGAAACAUUUCUCUUUACGCGACUUUGGAGAGUGGUAUAUGUCUAAAUUGCUGGAAGGGCAGAGACAUAAAGCCGCAGAAAAGUUGGCAGUUUCUAUGGGAAAUCCAACUUUGAGUGUCCUCGCGCAACAUUACAUUGAUCAUCAAAUGUCAAAAGAGGCAUACGAAAUUAUAAAAAGUUACCAUCUAAAAGGUAGAUUUCCAGAAGUCUAUGAAGAGGGCAAGAAAAGAUCCUUGAAGUGUUUCGCAGAAAAGGGAUUGUGGGAUCUUGCAGAGGAGAGAAUUAAAAACGAUAAGCAACUUCUUGAGUAUCUGGUAUUUAUCUAUUAGCUAGA